GAAGCCCGUAAUAGAGUGCCUUUUGUCGAUUAAAGCUCAGCUCAUGCCAUAUGGUAAUGCAGAGAGGUGCAAAAUUUCAACAGAUUCAAAAUUCCAACGGGCUUUGCGAAGUCCUGUCAUGUCAGAACCAUCAGCUACACUAAUGCAUCAUGUUGGGCUUAAGUUCCAUGAGGUAUUUCAACUAAAGCAAGGUCGAUAUGCAGACCUUCCGGCAGCAAAGAUCUCAGAGAUGAUGAAGUCGAAUAGUUUAGAUAAUGCCCCCACCCAAUCACUUUUAAGUGUGGUUAAUGGAAUUCUCGAUGAAAGCAUUGAAAGGCAAAAUGGCGAAAUACCUCAUCGUGUCGCGUGCCUCUUGAGAAAAGUUGUGCAGGAGAUAGAGCGGCGCAUAUCAACUCAGGCAGAACAUUUAAGAACUCAAAAUAAUCUCUUCAAGUCUCGUGAGGAGAAGUAUCAAUCUAGGAUUAAGGUACUUGAAGCCCUGGCAACUGGACCUUAUGAGGAGACAGAGAUUUCUGUGGAUCAGCUUCAGCGAUUCCAGGCUGAGAAGAUCAAGAUGGAAGAGAAGAUUGAAGAGAAGAGGAAGCUUGAAGAGGAAGACUUAGCUAGAUCGACUAAAGAUAAGGAAAGCCAUAACUUAGAAAUAUCAGCACUGAAGCAAGAGCUGGAAGUGGCAAAGAAGACAUAUGAGCUCCGUCACCUGCAAAUGGAAACAGAAGCUAAGGCAGCUAAAUUGGCACUUGAAGAGGGGACAAGAAAACUGGAGCAGGACUUGGCAGGAUACAGAAACAAGGUUCAGGAGCUGGAAGCGGCUAACAAGACGUACCAGCUCCGUCACGUGCAAAUUGAAACAGAAGCUAAUGCAGCUAAAAUGAUGCUUGAAGAGAGGAUAAGAAAACUCGAGCAGGACUUGGCAGGCUCAAGAAAUAAGGUGAAACAACUCGAAGCAUGUUCAGAAUCCAAAAACGAGAAGUGGAACAAGAAAGAGCACAGUUUCCAUAGCUUUAUGGAUUUUCAAUUUGGGGCUCUACGUGAACUAAGGGUCUCUUUCAAGUCUAUCAAGCAUGAACUUCUGGUCACCCAAAGAAACUAUUCAGAGGAAUUCAACAGCGUUGGAUUACAGGUUGAAGCAUUAGCUGACGCAGCAGAGAACUAUCACCUUGUUCUUGCAGAAAAUAGGAGGCUAUUUAAUGAGGUUCAAGAUCUAAAAGGUAAUAUCAGAGUGUAUUGUAGGAUUAGGCCCCUACUUCCUGGACAGAGUGGAAAACAGUCAAUCAUCGAACAUAUUGGUGAUGAUGGACAGUUGGUUGUCACUAAUCCCUCCAAACAAGGCAAAGAUGGCCAUCGCAUGUUCAAGUUCAACAAGGUGUAUGGUCCAGCUGCUUCUCAAGAGAUGGUAUAUUCUGACAUCCAACCCUUCAUUCGUUCUGUUCUUGAUGGAUAUAAUGUAUGCAUAUUUGCUUACGGCCAAACUGGUUCGGGAAAAACCUACACAAUGAGUGGUCCUGGUGCAGCGACUGAGGAGAGCUGGGGUGUCAACUAUCGAGCUCUUAAUGACCUUUUCAAUUUGUCUGAGAGCAGAAGUAGAGCCAUCGUGUAUGAAAUCUCGGUUCAAAUGGUUGAGAUCUACAAUGAACAAGUGCGAGAUCUACUCUCCAGUGACAGCUCUCAGAAGAAACUAGGGAUUUCAUCAAUCUCUCAUGCAAGUGGUCUAGCUGUUCCAGAUGCUAGCAUGCAUCCUGUGAGAGCAAGCUCGGAUGUUAUGGAACUAAUGGACAUAGGACUUAAGAAUAGAGCUGUUGGUGCCACUGCAUUGAAUGAAAGAAGUAGCCGCUCGCACAGUAUCGUCACUGUACAUGUUCGUGGGACAGAUGUGAAGACUGGAAGCGCAUCACAUGGUAAUCUUCACUUGGUAGAUCUUGCGGGAAGCGAAAGAGUCGACCGCUCAGAAGUAACUGGCGACAGACUGAAAGAGGCACAGCAUAUAAACAAGUCACUCUCCGCCCUUGGAGACGUCAUUUUUGCUCUUUCGCAGAAGAGUCCUCAUGUGCCUUACCGUAAUAGCAAGCUCACUCAAGUGCUACAGAGUUCUUUGGGUGGUCAAGCAAAAACAUUGAUGUUCGUGCAGCUCAAUCCCGAAGUGGUAUCAUAUUUGGAAAGUAUGAGUACCUUAAAAUUCGCUGAGAGAGUCUCUGGGGUUGAGCUCGGGGCAGCGAGGAGCAAUAAAGAUGGCAGGGAUGUUCGGGAUCUGAUGCAGCAGGUGGCAUCUCUACGAGACACUAUCGGCAGAAAAGACGAGGAGAUUGAGCGGUUGCAGUUGCUUAAGGAUCUCAAAAGUGUGUAUCCUGCGGUAGAUAAGCGUGGCGUGGCCUCGCCGUAUGAUCCUUCCACUCCAAGCCAAAUUCCCUCCAAAGGUGUAGGACCUCAUGAUCCUGAGAAUUCUUCGGCGCAAAGCGAUAAACACUACGAAUCUGAUUCGACUGUCCCUGGGGACGAUAGGUACGGGGAACAAGACUGUGAGGAGAGAACAAGUGAUGUUUCUGAUUGCUCUGCUGAAAAUAGUUUGUCAUCUGAAGCGACUGAUCGGCCAGAUAGCUUAGAGAAGCCAAGGUCAAGACUUAAAGUUCCUCCGCCCUUGAGAAAGUCGGCCUCUCGGGAAUCAUUGAAGGCUUCGACAAGUGCCCGGAAAACAGUGACCACCCCGACCGGCUCUUCUACUUUACUCAAACCACCCCGACGGUGGCAGUAAAACAAGAAGUCAGUUCGAACGCCGCUGUUUUCUGGACCUGCUCUCCUGUUUUGUGAAUAUAUAGCCAGAUCGCUUUUCUCGGCCACGGUUUCUCUGUUAAUGCAUUCAUUCGUAUUUCCUUUUCUGCUCAUUCCAGUUCGAGUUCAGAUGGAUAAAAUCAUGUAAAUAGGCGUUAGAGGCUCUAUCUCUCUAAUUUU